AUGUCAGCUCCUUCAACUCCUGUUAAAGCCCCCGAGGCAGAGCUUCAACAAGCGCGUGAUCUAAUUAAAAAUGAAAAGUUUUUGUUCGUAUCAAAGACGUGGUGUCCCGACUGUGUCUAUGGAAAGAAGGUAUUUUCUGAUUUGAACACCUCGCCUCCUCACCUUGUUGAGCUUGACUUAUUGGAUAAUGGCAAAGAGCUCCAAAGUGCUUUCCUUGAGAUUACUAAACAGAACACUGUCCCUAAUGUGUUUAUUGAUGGUGAACACAUUGGUACUGAAGAUGACAUAGCCAGACUUUUGGAGUCGGGAGAGCUCAAACAAAAGCUGGAGACAGCUGGAUUAAUCCCUCAGAACUAG